CUGUUCUGACACCCAAGUCCAAGAGCCCAAACACGACCAGACCACACGAGUGCAAAGACGGACGGCUUGGAGUUGGAUUUGGAUUUGGAUAUAAUUUGACGGCACAUCUCGGCCACCACCUUCGCUGUUGCCCCUUUUCUUUACUCUACUCGACCACUCGCAGAACCCUUCUUGUUUGAUUCAGCCCAGCCCACUGCGUGCAAUUGCAUCCCUCACCAAAAAAAAAAAAUGCCUCCUCCAGACAACAAGUUCGUGGCCAAGGCCAAGGCCAUCCUCGAAGCCAACGACCGCAACGGCUACACGGUGCCCACGCACCGGCUGUACCCCUUCCAGUGGAACUGGGACUCGGCCUUUGUGGCCAUGGGCUUUGCACAGUUCGACGUCGACCGCGCCUUCCGCGAGCUGGAGCGCCUCGUCGAGGGCCAGUGGGCCGACGGCAUGAUCCCCCACAUCGUCUUCCACGACCUCAGCGGCGCCGACAGCUACUACCCCGGCCCCGCCGUCUGGGGCACCUCGCACACCGUCGCCACCUCGGGCAUCACCCAGCCCCCGGUCUUCGCCAUCGCCCUGCGCGCCGUGCACGACGCCGCCGCCGCGGUUGACCCGGCCGCCGCCAAUGCCCGCACCCUGCCGCUCUACGAGGCCGCCCUCAAGUGGCAGCGGUGGUGGUACGCCGCGCGGGACCCCGAGAACACGGGGCUCGUCGCCCUCCUGCACCCGUGGGAGAGCGGCAGCGACAACUCGCCCGCCUGGGACAUUGCCUUGGCGCGCGUGCCCACCACCACCAUCAAGCCCGUCGUGCGCAAGGACACCAACCACGUGGCCGCCGCCAUGCGCCCGCACGACCAGGACUACGCCCGCUUCAUCCACCUGGUCGAGACGUACGCUGAUGCCGGCUGGGACCCUGCGCAGCAGUGGGCCACGGCGCCCUUCAAGAUCGCCGAAAUCCAGACCACGGCCAUCCUGCUCAAGGCCGGCGAGGACCUCGCGCGCUUCGCCGCCGACUUUGGCCGCGCGUCCGACGCCGCCGACUUGGCAGCGCUCAACGCCCGCACGCGCGCCGCGCUGCUCGCCCAGUGGCGGCCGGCGCUCAACCGCUUCGUGUCGCGCGACCUCGUGUCGGGCGCCGACGUCGACGCGUCGACGCACGCCGGCUUCGUCCCCGUGCUGGCGCUCGACCUCGACGCGCCCGUCGCGCGCGCCAUGGUCGCCGAGAUGGCGCGCUGGUCCGCCGGCAAGCUCGGCGGGCUGCCGACCACGGAGCCCGGCACGCCCAUCUGGGAGCCCAAGCGCUACUGGCGCGGCCCCGUGUGGGCCGUCAUCAACUGGCUGCUGAUCAACGGCCUGCACCGCAACGCCCACCCCGCCUUCGCCGACCAGCUGCGCGAGGCCACCCUCGCCGUCAUCGAGACCACCGCCGGGUUCGCUGAGUACUUCGACCCCGACACGGGCGAGGGCUGUGGCGGCGGGGACUUUUCGUGGACCGCCGCCGCGUACCUCUGCCUCCGUGGCGUCGACAGGGGCGAUGGGUCAUGAGUGGGUUGCUGGGGGGAAGGGAGUGGGGGUGCCGGAUGGGCUGCCCAGUCCGGAUUCGUCUAGGUAUCCAUCUAUUUAAUGAUUUUCCUUUUGCAUUGCUUUGCACUGCUUGCUCGA